AUUUUUUUGAUUUUUUAUUUAGCCUUUCAGUGCUAUGGCCUUUUUCGUUGUGAAACUAUCUUCGAUAGUGCGCGUGAUCCGCUAUUCAUUCAUACAAAUUCAUAUUAUAUAUAUAUAUAUAUACAUAUAUAUCUAACGAUAGUAUACGCUACUAUCGGACAACGUAUUUUUACUACUAUUGCUAGUACGCUUUUCAUUCUACUGCAUUCUACUAUCCGUCUGGUUGACGUGGUCAUAUAAAGUAUGUCGACGCCUUACUACCGAUCGCUACGUGCACUCUCACCUAUAGGUACAUUACAUACUUACACAUAUAAAAGUUGUAAUACUUCUGUUGGUUAUAUACGCGCGCGCAUUAAAUGUACUACAGCAUACCUACCAACACAUAUAUACAAACACACAUACCAUGAACCUAUUCGAUUCUAUUCAAGAUGGAGAGAAAAGAACGUAGGUCCUUGGUAAGGUGGUUGUAAACACAAAGAUACAUAUCUUACUCUUGUUGAGAGUACUGACUGUUUAACGGAAAAUUAAGAAAUGGCUAAAUCUGUAUUAGGUUCGGAUACUUUACCAAAAGCUGGUCGUGUUAACGAAGUAUGUCGGGAGUGGUUGGUGCACGAAGAUGGAGCAUUGGCUUAUAGAUUGCAAGAUGAAGAAAUUAAAGAACAUUAUACCGGUAAUAAGGUGCGCAAUGCUCAAGUACGUGAAGAUCUUCCAAGAGCAAAGGUAGAACAAGAAUUAGAGGCUAUGAGAUAUCAAAGUUAUAUACAACAGCAGGAAGAAAGAGAUGCUGUCGUAGCAAGACAAAUUGCAUUGUCAUUAGAAAGGGAAGAACAUUUAAGAGAAAGAGGAGAACAUCAUAGGGAAAGGGAAGAGCAUCGUAGAGAAAGAGAGUUACAAGAAAAAAUGAAAUCACAAUUAAGACUUGACGAUGAAACAUUAUCGAUGAAAUUAGAAAUUGAACGACGUAUUCAAGAAGAAAAGGAUGAAGAAUUGGCAAGAAAGUUACAGGAAGAAGAAGAAAAACGUACCAUGAAUGAUCACGAUUCUCCAAUUAAUGAACAAUUAUUAUUAGAUCAAAAAAUUGCUAUGGAAGCUCAAGAUGCUGAAUUGGCACGCAUGCUUCAAGAAAAAGAACGUGCUAAGGCACGAAAGGCUAGAGAAAGAGCAAGACAAAAAAAAUUAGAGAAACAACAGAUGCAACAGUUGGAACAACAUACUUUAAUAGAUAGACCACAUCGACCUGAUAAGAUUGAUUUGAGAAAUACUACAAGUAAACAUCGAAGACAUGACACAAAUUAUACUCAAUAUCCAGAUCCUGAAGAGAUACAAACACUUGACGAUCCUAUCGAGGAAAUACAAGAAGUACCCAACGUAGCUGCUAUUAUUGAUCCAACUUAUAAUAUAAAUGAGCAUCGAAAUACUUCAAGUAGUUCAAGUAAUACAGUCAGUCCAACAUAUGCAUUACCUACACCACCAGCAGAAUUAAUGGUAGAUAAUAAUGCACCAUGUUAUAUGCCGAUACAAGGACAACGAAGAAAUCAAAAUCAAUCUCCUUCCCAAGCACAUGAAGAAAAACACAAAAGACGGGUUAAAGAUGGAUGUAAGCAUCAAUGAAACAAAAAUUAUCGUGCCUAUCGUAUUUAAAUUAACAAUAUAUAUAUAUAUAUAUUUACUCAUCUUUUUUGGUAUGGAAUAUUAUCAGAGUAUUUCUAAUAGGGAUAAUACUUUUUCUAUUUCUUAGUAAAUUAAUCGCGUAACGAUAGAAGUACUUACGUGAUAUAUUAACGAAUUUUUAUAGACAUUUUUUUCUCGCAAUAUUGCACACGAUUAAUGUAGUUAACUCUACUCCAUUGAAAGUAGCUAAUAUAUAUAUACAUUUAUAGAAAGUUAAAAUAUUCUCUACUAACUGUGAUGAUAUCAAAAUCAUUACUUAUUACUAAAUUUAAGAUUCAUCUUUGCAAAUGAUAUUGUUACAAAGAUUUAGAUGCUAUUAUUACGAUAAAAAUAAUAUACAUUUUAAAGUUACAUCAAAUAUGAAACCAUACGUGCCUUUGGAAGAGUACGAUUUAUAAAAUUAAUUCAUUUUUCAUCUAUACUCAGAGUUAAAAUUUACAAUAACACAAUCGUACCAUUUUCUAACCGAUUAUCUGCCUUCUCUAUUAUAAAUACAUUUUUAAUAAUAAUAAGAAAUAUUGUCUCAUUUUAAAAUGAUUACUUUACAAUCAAUAUUGUUUCAAUGUUUUUGAAUUUAUAGAAAAUUUAAGAACAAAAUUAGAUAUUAUAAU